AUGCCUCAAGACCCCCAGGGAUUGUCCGAUAAUUCCAAUGAGGGCAAGAAAAUUUCCGACGUGGAUACAGUUUUGAGACAAAUUGGCCAGCUUGGCCCAUUUCAGAUUCGCAUUCUAGCCAUAUUCCUGCCUAUUUUCUUCUCCAUCACCUACCAAUCACUUAUCAUGGUGUUUACUGCGUACGAGCCUCCAUGGAUGUGCGCCAAGCAAAGUGAGUCGUGUCUACAAUCUAACAGUUCGUCCGCUGACAGCCUAGUAGUUUAUAGCACAGCUACCCAACCCAUUGAGCUCUACGAAAGGAGAUGUACCUUGAAUAGAAGCGAUUGGAAGUUUGCGUAUGAAAAUCUUUAUGAAGGGCCGCACAAUACCAUUGUUGACGAGGUAAACCUAAAAAUAACAAUUCCUUUUGGAUCGCUUUAUAAUAUAGGGGGAGACAAAGGUGUUGGGUAUUUCUUUAGUAUUUCGGAAACUAUCGUUGGUUAGGAUAUAAUAUGUGUGAGUAUGUGCUACGUCGUUUGUUGGUCGAACAAUCCUCAAAAUCAAGAAACUACUGACAAGUAGGUUAAUGAAGAAGGGCAUAAUUUAUUAAACUCUUUACGGUGAAUGAGGUGCUGAACUUCCUAUCCAAAAAAAAAAAAUGUUUUUGCAUUUGGUAAUGCUCGAUUGCUAACUCAUGAAAGCAGAGCAGAAUUCAUUAAAUUAAAUUAAUCAAGAGUCUGACUAAAGAUCUUUUCCACUUGACAUGCUGUCUUCAUUUCUGCUGAGAGAAAUGCAAAUUUUACAUUGAUGCCAAAUGUAAGUUAAAUACGCCUUAAGUUGAAUCCAGUACCGGUAAUAAAAGUAACAUUUUCCCUUACAAUGUUAACAAUAUUGAUGAAAAUAAAUUGAUUCGGUGCAUAGGGGGAUAUGCUGAAGCUUAUCUGGACAAAUCCUUUCUCUGAGAGCAGAAACGAAAAUACAGUCAACUCUCUCCAAGACGGACACCUUUGGGACCGCCACGAAGUGUCCGUCUUAGAGAUAUGUCCGUCUUAGAGAGAUGUCCGUCUUAUAGAGAGUCAACUAAAGGGAAUAAGCAAAGGCAGGGACCAGCUCUAGGUGUCCGUCUUAUAGAGGUGUCCUUUAAGAGAGAGUCGACUGUAAUGCAUUACAGAUCUACGUUUGGUCCAAAGUUCGUACCUAAUGCCACAAAAAUUGAGAGCGCUAUAUUACAACUUUUAAGUUGUAUAGUAAGUUAUAGUACAUUAGUCAAUUCUAGGUGCGGUCAGCCUUCCCUACGAGUGUUGACCCCUAGGCAUUAGCAUUUUUUUUACCUUGGAUAACAUGCUGCUCGCGCACGAUUUAAAAACUAUUUUCACCACAAUGUGAGGUAUUUUUGUUAUAUAUUUUUACAUCUAUUUGAAUGGUAUUUAUGAAACUUUGCCGGGUUUUCCUUGUAUUUGAAACAUAUUUGCUAUAAAAACUACAUUUUAAAUACAGUAUUUAAAUCAUAUUUUCAGAAAGAGAGUACUGGCGAGUGCUUAAAAUUCUUUCAAAUACCGCGAGGGUUUCUGUAGUUUCGGAAAUAUCCAUACUCUACCCACGGAAGGGAUUGGAAAUUUCCCGGGGGGUGGGGGUUUCUCAAAGGUCAAAAAUUUAAGUAAAUGUAUGAAGCUUGACUAGAAUUUCCAGAGAGGUUGGGGGGGGGGGGGGGGGUGUUUAAGGAAAAAUCCCUUCAAUGGGGAAGGUAUGGAUAAUUUUGGAACCACGCAAUCUAUGAAAUGCAAACCCUGUUUUAUAGACACCAGCUUUAUACAAUCUCCUUGUCAUUAAAAAAAAAAAAAAAGUUUUCUUAGGACCUGAGAGUCCUCACUUUUUUCUCUAAAUUUUAAUAAUUUUAAACAGACAUCCACUGAAUAACAAUUAUUAGGACAGUACUAGUAACAAUAACUUAAGGAAUACAAAGACAUUUUUCAGUCACUUCAGCCAGGACUACUCUUGAGAGUUAAUCUUAAUAAUACAGUUUCUUUUUAUCAACUGUUUCCUGUAAUAAGACCUACAGUGUACAUCCGUUUUUUUGAAAUGUAAAAAAAGAAUAUUAUUUCAUUGAGACAGCAUGUCAAUGUUCACAGACUGUUUAGCUUACUGAUGCUAGUGUCCUGUUCUAUUUCUGUGGAAGCUUUUUAAUUUUUUAUCGUCCCCCAAGUGUCUGUAUUAACAGAGUUUCACUGUCAAAUAGUCAUGCAGGCUUCUUGUGAAAGUAGGACAGUGUUAUCAAAAUUAAUAACAGAAACAGUGCGAUGUGCAAGAACUUUGUUAACAGGUUCAAUUUUGUACCCUCAUUCCUGAAUUAUUCAGGUGGAGGAAAAUUGCCUGUCCCAGCAACAGUAACUUAAUGAUUGUUGGAUGAGACAGCUACAAGGAAUGUUAUUAUAUUUUGCUUAGUUUUGCCAAUUACACUACUUGUUAUUAUAAAACUUGGCCUUAGAAAAGAAAUUACCUCUGAGCAAUAUUAAGUCAAGCUUCACCCUAGAACAAACAAAAAUAAUUAUAUCUUUCCAGCAUUCUUAUUUAUUUUAGUUAUACCAGUGCAAUCUAUUUAAAGUUUUUGUUAAUUCAGUUUAUCUGUUUCCAGAUCUGUAGCCGUUGUUUCAUUGAAUGAUCCUUUAGUGUUUUAGCCAGUUAUCACUGUACCAGCAACUUGUGACCUUUGUUUUGUACAGGUGGAUGAUUUGGCUAAUAAUUGUAUUAUAGUGGGAAAGAUGAAAAUAAUUUAACUUUUAUUUUCCUUUAGAAAACUUUAUUGAACUUGAUCGGAUAAUUUUAGAAUACACUUUUCUAGUACUGUUUUAAUUUUUUAAAACAAUCAUAUUUUACUCACUGUAAGUAUGGUGAGUUUUUAAAGAAAAUUCCCAAGAAAUACAUGCAGGUGGCUUAGACAAAUCCAGAUAUAAGUGAUUUCACUUUAAAGGGUUUUUCAGCUGGCUUUUAAUGGUCUUUUCUAAAACUUGCUUUUUUGGUAAAGCAAAAGAAAAUGCCUAAUUUGCAAAAUUCUAUUUUGAUUUUACAGUAAAAUUAAGAAAAUAAGCCCCGGGGCUUAUAUUUUUCAAAGGCCCUUUUUGAGGGGGUUAUUUUUGGAGGGGCUUCUAUUCGGAAGGGCUUAUCUACGGAGGGAAAUUUGCAUUUGAGAAUCGAUUGGGCUAGCCUUAUACUUGGAAAUAAAUUUACCGUUUUUGCUUUAUUCAACUGUGUAUUUGAGGGCAAUUUUCCAAGUACCAGCCCCCGAGAGGCUUAUGUUUGGAGGGGCGAUUUAACGGAGGGUUUUUUACGUUACCGGCUUGGGGGACUUACAUUUCGAGAGGCUUAUUUUCUGGAUUUUACGGUAUUUUUAUUUAUAUUUAAAACACCAUUGACAACAGGUUAAAACACCAUUAAAAGCAGAUUAAAAGACCAUUUAAAGCAGGUUAAAACACCAUUAAAAACAGGUUUAGAGAACAUUUAAAGGCAGGUUAAAACACCAUUAAAAACAGAUUAAAACACCAUUAAAAGUAUGUUUAAACACCACUUAAAGCAGGUUAAAACACCUUUAAAAACAGGUCAAAACACCAUUAAAAUCAGGUUAAAGCACCAUUCAAAGCAGUUUAAAACACCAUUUAAAAAAGCAGGUUAAAGCACCAUUAAAAACAGAAUUUAGUACCUGUUUUAAAUGUAGUUCUCAAAUACAAUAAAACAGUUUUAAAAAUAUGUCAAAAAUAUGUUUAAAAUAGUGUUUAGUUUGGUACGGGACGUACGUACGGGGACAGGGACUCUUGAGCUGUCAAAUUCCCCGGGAUGGGGACGGGAAAAGACGGCAAAUGCCCCGUCCUCCAUCAACACUGCAACAUUUUUCAUUGAUCGCACAGUCAAGUAAUGACAUUUUAAGCAUUUUGGUGUGCGGUUUUUUGUUUCAAUUAACGUCUGCUUUCAGUGUCUGGUCUGCCUUUGUAACAUCGCCACGGACUUCACCCUGCGACGACACCAGUUUAUGCUAUGGUUUUAGUACUGUUAUAAAAUCAUUGAAUAGUUUUACAAAUAUGAUAGGAUGUUCUUUAAAUAAUGUCAACAGAAAUUUUAUUCAAUAAGGGAAAAAAUAUUGAUUCACGUCGAUAGCUUCGAUUCCGAUUUCGCUAUGUAAUUCUCGCUUGAUACGCAAUGAAGGAAUACAUGCAUAAAAACGAAAACAUGCCUUUACAAUCCUCUUUAAUUCUUUGCCCUCGAGCUCCUUGACAGAUGAUCCAAUCUGCUUGUUUUCCCAGUAAAAUCCUCUGUGUAGUUAUAUUCGCAUUGGAAACUACGUGAGUGCCAAAAAUCUCGGUGGGGGCCUCGUGGUUGGCAAAUUCCGACCCCCGGGCAGCGCAAAAUUUGCUAAUACCCCACCCCCGGGGCUGUAAGGCGGGAAAAUGUCUCGUAAAAGCCUGGGAGGGGGGGGGGAGGAGGGCUGGGCGCGGCUGGAAUUGUCUGACUAAUGCAUAAAUUCGUUGUAACCGUACUAUUAACAUGAAAUGCUGCAUCUUCGUGUAAUAAAGCUGACAAGAACGUGCAUUCUUAUUGGUUAAAAAGACGCUAUUGGUCAUUAAUACCGGUAAACUCACUGAUUAUGACCACUGUUACGUGUUUCAAAUGGAUUUGACAGCAAAGCAGCUUCCGAACACCUGUCACUGAUUCUUCGCCAAAGAUCUGCAUUUUUAGUGCUACUGCCUGCAACUAUGUCGUGUUAUUGCCGAUACAGUAGAUCUGAAAGUCUGAAAUUCGUUAAGUCUGUAAACGUCCAAAGGAGAGGCAGGGGGUGUAAUCUCUCUUGUCACUGUGGUUAAUGUGUAACCGGCGAAUGUGUUGUACCGGAAUCCGUUUCCAGGCUACAGCAUUUCUUUUUUUCAGGCUCCUCUCUUAUCUUGGCUUUUUUCCUGGUUUGUUUCUAAGGUUGGUCCUUUUACUGAAGUUUCCUGACACACCAAUUUCUCGUUCACUAUAAAAAAUGUUUGUUACAAUAUUCAAUCAAAGUAUCUCAGAGCAUAGCUGAUGGCAUGGAGUCAUUCAAUGCCGUUUUUUUAGUUUAUACUUUUGUUUUGACCUUAUUUCAGGCGCGGAAACUAGUUAAUAACUAUAUAUAAAGAAACGGAACGAAAAACUCGAGCCAAGCUAAUCUUAAAAAAUUCAGAAAGCAAUAAAAGUAAUUCUUUUUCUUGACCAAAAUUUCUCCAAUGUUUUCAGUUUGACUUGGUCUGCGACCGUGCUUUCCUAGGAUGGUUGGCAAACGCGAUUUUGUACUUCGGAUGGGCCGUGGGAUCUCUCGUGCUCGGCACAGUAGCAGAUAAAUGUGGUCGGAAAAAUGUUCUCUUCCCCUCACUUACAGUGAUGUUGGUUGCUACAUUUGCAAUGGCGUUUGCUAAAGCCGUCUGGGUUGUCCUCGCCUUCCGUUUCAUAAUCGGAGUUUGUCAAUCUGGUGCUUUUCAAUCAAUUUUUGUCUUGUCAACUGAACUAGUUGGACCUGAGAAACGUGCACUGGCAACCGCUGCGCUUUGGUUUUACUAUACGGUAGCUUUGAUGGUCUUGGGACUAAAGGCUUACUUUGUCCGCGACUGGCGAAUGCUUAUGAUCCUGUCUUCUGCUCCAUGGAUUUUCAUUCUUAUAUUCUGGAAGUAAGUCAAUGAGUCCAGAUAAUUAGCCGGUUUUAACAGCAAGAGAUUUGAUUGCAUAGAAGAAGCAAAAUUCUUAUGCCUUGUUUACAUUUCAUGGCGCCUUGAGCGGGAAAUCAAUGAUAGAAAUCCAUCAUCAUCAUCAUCAUUAUCAUCAUCAUGCAUCCUCAUCCUCAUCAUCAUCAUCAUCAUCAUCAUCAUCAUCAUCAUCAUCAUCAUCAUCAUCAUCAUCAUCAUCAUCCUCACAUGAAACAAUCAGUGACAGCGUGUUUACAAAGUGGGCUUGCAACUACUCCAAAAUGUAAAACGGUGGGGUAUGGAAAAGCUUGCAAAUAAAAGUAAUAUGACUGAAGGGUUUUAAAUCCAGGUUUGUUCCAGAAUCCGUGAGAUGGCUUCUUGUCAAAGGAGAGAAAGAGAAAGCUCGUGCUAUUUUGGAGAACGCCGCAAAAGUGAACAAGAAGCCGCUCCCAAACGACGAUCUCUAUGUUCCUGGGACGACAGAAAACAAAGGAGUGGUGGACCUCUUCAAAACAUGGAAACGUGGGAAGCUGUCACUUAUCUUGAUCUACUUGCUGUGAGUAGUUUGACGUUAAACUUGCCGAUCCAUUAUAAACUUGAUCCAUACAAUGGAAAUAUUCGUUAACACCUGCACAGCAUUUUUCUUUCCUUUUUCUUUUUGUUUUGUUUUCCUUUUUUUCUUGGAUUAUAAAAAAUUAAAUUACAUAUUUUUUAGGUACGUGAAUGGCGUAGUCUACUUCGGUAUUGCAUUGAGUUCAGCAGAAUUCGGUAGUAGCAUUUACUUCAAUUUUGUCAUAACAAGCCUGGUGGAAAUUCCUGCAAAUGCGUUGCUUAUCCACAAUUGUAACAGGUAAAACAUUUUUAUUCACCACAUGUAACGUUUUCUGGACAUCAAAAGGGUGAAAAUGAUUUUUAAGGAUAAUACAUUUUUUUUCUCCCCACCCUCCACCCGCGAAGUUUCCCAUGUGGGAUUUACUGCCCUUGGCAGAAGGUAAUCAACGUACUGAAUUGUGAAAUACGAAUCAUGGGAUUAAGAGAAUUUCGCUAAUUGGUCUUAAUUGACAGAUAUCAAUGAUAAUGCCAGAACUAACUCGUAUGUUGCUAAGAUUAUGGAAUACUACUCAAGGUAACCACAAGCGUCCCAAGCCCACGUUACGAAUGUGCAUUGUAACUUUACUUUCUCACAAGAGAGUCGAUCUCGCGUUACAAUUACAGUCGACCGUUCAGAAGUAAAAUACUGAGGUCUACGAACUUUAACUAUCAUUAUACCUUUGUUUUUUUCAAUGAAAUAAACAAAGGUGACUUACCUUUGAUGUGUAUUCCUGAGUGUGUUUGUUUUUUUUUUUUUUUUUUUUUGGAGUUGAUUCAACGAUUUAGGGAGCGUUUCUUUGCUAAAAAUACAGAUCCGGAUUUUUAAUUUGAAAACAGAUGUUUCGUUUCUUUGCUAAAAUACAAAGAACGCAUUAUUGAGCCAAAUGAUCUAAAACGGAGGUGGAUUCUUUGGAUCAUAUCCAAAACCGGAUAUUUUGGAUACAUGACCGAAGUGUUUCUUUACCACAGAUCCGAAAAGAUUGAAUAUUGCCAGCGAUAACUCAAACAAAUUUAAUACACACGUCAACUGUUUAAAUAAGGCCAGUCAUGGAUUAAACUAUCGAAUUUACCCUUUUUAUCGAUGUGGUAAAAUACCAAUACAAUCCCAUUAAAGAUAUUUAGCGUUCGCAGACCUCAGUAGUUUAUUUCUCAUACAAAGUCUCAUUAACGGUCGCCUAUAACUCGACACCGACUGAGAAAGUAAAUUUUUAUUCCAUACUCGUAACCAGAGCUUGGGACGGCUCUGCGUUAACACGCGAAAGAAACCUCGCUUCAUGCUGUUUGGACAAGAAACAGUUACGGGUAACAAUAUUAUUGUCAUUAUCAUAAAAAAAUAUCGCUACCAAUAUCAUUGUCAUUGCCCUUAUCAUCGUCAUCGUCAUCAUUAUCAUCAGUAGCAUUAUCCUCAUCUUAUUCAUUUUCAUUAUUAUUAUUAUUAUUAUUAUUAUUAUUAUCAUUAUUACAAGUGAUAUCGGUAAAAGUAAAUUAUAAGUAUCACUAUAUGAAGCUUCGAGUUUAAACCUUAAAACAAUUUGAUAAAAAAGGGUUAGCCUUUUCGUCUUUCUUUGGUGCUGCAAUAUUUAUACGACAAUGUCACGUUCGAGGUUGUCCGCUAUAGUGCGAAGUAAUUCCAUUUGCUUUUAUUGAAAUGGAUGGAUGAAAACUGAUCGCUCUUUUUGAUAUACAAAUCAUGUCCAGUGACAUACGAAUCAUGUCAAAGAGAAAGUAAAAUCAACCAUUACAGCUCACUGUUGAGUCGCGGCACAAGCCGAUUGAUGUAAUGGAUUUACAAAGAGAGAUACGAAUUGCUCUUACUGAAAAUAAAACAACAACAUAAUAACAGCCCGCAAACCACUAAGCGGAAACUUAUGUCAUGAUAGGCCCCUUUCAAACGUGGAAUUUGUUUCGAGUGCCGAACACCCAUUUUAGUCGAUGAAAGUAAUUCAAUACGGCAGUUGAUUCAGACGUCGGAUAUGGUGGUGCCGAAUUAAACUCCGUUUCUUGUAAAUAUUCCCAGUCUCAAGGCCGCCAAAUACAUUCUUUGGUUUUUAAAGUUCUCCUUUAUUUACAAACGUGGAACAUUUAUUUCGGCAAACAAACAGUUAAGUUGAGAAAGGAUUUUACAAAAGUCUCAAGAGUAGGUCUCUUUUUCGAUUUUAAUUUGCAAUAUCGGUCAAUUUAAGCAACUUUUAAACUUCUGGCUCAGUUUUCGUUUGCUUCUGCUUUGAAAAUGGAAUAAUAAUUACUCAGGGAUAAUACAGUGUAAAGAUUUGUAGAGAAAAAAAACAAAAAACUUGCCAAUUUAUGGCAAAAAAUGUACCUUAAAAUCGAACAAAAAGAUUCAAAACGCUCUGAUCACGUGGCUGAUGACGUCAUGUCCCUCUUUUGGUCGUGAGAAAUAUUAUCAGGUAGAACAUUAGCUUCUUGCAAAUUUUCUCUGCCAUAUUAUGAAACGUCAACUCUCUACAGCCCUCGGCCUAGUCUCCCGACUUUUUCGCUCAUGUUCAUUACCCCCUUAAAUUUUAAAUGCCGGACGUGAACUGGUUAUUUUGAAAUGCCCCACACAACCAAAACCUCAAAUGGGCUAUUUGUUUUUAACCCAAUAAUGAAAUUUAGUCACAGCAACAAAAAAACCUAAUUCGGAAAUAGUCACGUGAAUGAUGACGCCAUCACCCUACAUGUGUCGUGGGAAGAUAUUUUCUGGCAAAUGCUAUCUUGUAUUGGUCUUACAUUCUUCUACGUAAAAAGUUAUAAAGUUUUUAAAGAAAUUGCCUCAAAGGAUUCCGGGAUUAAUCUUUAUGAUAAUUAUAAUUUACUAUUGUAAUUAUUGAAAGAAAUCAUUAUUUUUAAUUUAGAUUCGGCCGUAAGAAAACUACAAUAGCUUACAUGAUAGCUGCAGGAAUUGCUGUCGUGGCGGUGUCGUUUAUCCCUCAUGGAACAGACAAUGCAGGUACUAGCCUCUGCUACAAUUGGCGACAAAAUUGUUGAGAUAUUAUCCUUGAAUGGGGUAGCUUCGGAGAACGAAACAACUUACACUCCUCCCCACCAUUCAAAAUUGGGUUUUCGUUGUUUCUUUUAGGCAGUUCGAGCAAGCACAGCUUUGCAUGGGGUUCGGAAAAGGGGAAGCUUUAUUUCCCCCUUCGAAAACAGUAAAAUUUCAGAAAGUAUUUUCCCAUGGAUUAUUUCUUUUAUGUGUUGGCUUCCCUAGGCUUUAUUGCUGGGCGGGCAGCGCUUGGCACUCUGGGUAAACUGUGUAUCACCACUUCGUUUGGCGCUGUGGACCUUUUAGCGGCGGAACUUUAUCCAACAGUCGUGCGGUAAGAUUUUGUUAUUUUAACACAUGUACUGGAGACUUAUUGCAUAUCAAAAUAUUGCAACCCCUCCCUAGGCCACGCCAAUUUUUGGUUUGUUUGUUUGCGCUUACUUUUCUAUCCGUUCCCCGAAACAAACCCGGAGAGCCGCACACAAGCUUAAUUUUUGCGUUGGGACUAUUAAAUAAACCUUUUACAACUGUAUAUAUUCUGAAAGCAAUAUCCAAACACGUAAAUAACAAUUGAAAAAAAUAUUUUAAAUAUAUAUAUAUAGAUAAUAGGUUAGGAAAAGAGAAUCAAACCGAAUAACUAACCGUCACUCAAGAAGUAACCUUUGAUUUGGAAUCACGUGACCCUAAUUAACCAAUAAAAUCGCGCGGAAAUUAAACGGUGGAUUAUAAUAUUGGAUAAUCAACACAAGACCUACAAAAUAAGAAAGAACAAGUAUACAAAGAUUUACAAAUUUUACAAGUUUAGUGUAAGUCGAGCCAAAAAAGGCAAAUAACUAGAGUAUUGAUUACACGACAUACGUAGUCAGGUAGAGCGUACCGACAUUUACAGAUGUCUAAGGUGUCAGUGUCACUUAGGCCAAAAAAGGCACAUUAGCCUUCCCAUAUACGUUUUUUGAAAUAAUUAAAAUAACAACAAAUUAUUGAGUGAUUGAUUAACGGAAGGACGCGUUGGAUUUCUUGAUCGAUCUCCCUAACGGAUAGAAAUCACAAAUAGAAACAUCCAACUUAUAAUUCUUCCUGAUAAUCAUGUUUCUUGCUAAAAGAUUGUUUUCUAUUCCUGUUUCUUUUUUUUUUCCCCUUUUUAUACCAGUAACUUUUAUCAUUUUUUUUUUUUUUUUGCAUUACAAUCCAAAUAACGUUUCUGGUAAUACUCUGUUCUCUCUCGUCGAACCUUUCCAAACACAGAACAUACUCAUUACAUAAGUGAAUGAACAAUGUUUCCUUUGCCAGGUUGUAAAAAGUGUCUUAAGAACCAAUAAUUUAAGUGCCUCACGAUGGUUUCCAGUUUUUUUUUCUGAGUAAUCUUUAGUUUCUCUCAAAGUAUUGAAUUUCCCAUAAUAGCAACGAUUGAAUUGUUUUCAACAUUUAAUAGUGUGCAUAACUAAAAAAAAUCUACUUCUCAUGCUUAAAAUGAGGAAGACUAAAGGCAGGAUGUUAAGAUGUAACGUUUGUAACGCUAAAAGACUGAAAAGCAUGGGAAAAAAAUAGGUGGCACACUGAUUAUCAUCUAAGGCUAAAUAAGCUCUUUCUCGUCCAUUGCCAAUACUUCAUCAUCCUCGGAGACCCAGGGGCAGUCAGGGUCGGGAGAAAGGGUACAGACUCUCACCGAACUAUUUCCAAAAAUUCAAGCGGAUGCCGGCUCCUGAUUGGGCACAAAAAAUGCUUUGUAUUAUUGUGCCCAAUCGGCGAACAGUGUCUCCUGAGUUCUUUUUGUGAGUUCGUACACGACGGCUAUUGUCUUGCCACACUUGCCCAGUUCGUUCACCAAGGGAAACUUUUAUUUUCUACUUUCCUAACCAGAAACGAAGGAACUACCGAUGAGUCGAAAAAACGGUUGGGAUGCUAUCAGCAGGAGCAAUUCAAUUUGCCCCGAGAAUAUUCUGUUUUUGACUCAUCACAAUGUAUCGUAAAUAAUAAGAAGUUAAAGAUGCGGCGGUGACGAGAAAGUCAAAAAAACAAAAGCUUGACAAGGCAAAACAACAACUUUGCACGUGCAUCACACUUUUUUGUACAUUUUUUGCCGUCAACCCCACUACUACCCGUGAAAAUGCCUAAUUUCAUGUUUUGUGAAGGACGUAAAUAAGCAAUGACAAAAUUCAUUCUCUCAUGAACUUGGAUAUGGCUGCUAGAAAUUCAGCUCCAGAAGAGUCCGCUUGUAUUUGACAAAGUAAGCGAGUUGGAAUAAUCACGAUAGAAACUGAAAAAAGGUGAAUUCCCUUUUCCAUGCGACGUUUUCGGGGUUGUCGGCCGUCGUGGUAUCUUUUAAAAAUUUUCUAAUUAAUAUUUAUGCCAGACGUGACCGAUGCAAGCGUGAAUACCUGUUGUAAGCUCAAACUAGUAUUUUUGGUAAAGCGUCCUUAGUUUUCGGGCAGACAGUGUUUAGAAAUCAGAUGGGGAUUUUGUAUCAAACUGAAAGUUUCCUGACUGCGUUCAUUUCUUUGGUGCAUGAGCCAGACAAGCCGUGGUCGAAACAAUAGCCGUCGUGUACGAACUGACGAAAAGAACUCAGGAGAAACUGUUUGCCGAUAGGGCACAAACAUACCAAGCCUUUUUUGUGCCCAAUCAGGAGUCGGGAUCCGCUUGAAUUUUUGAAAAUAGCUCGGUGGGAGUCGGUACCCAGGGGCUCGUUCGCCCGUAGUUAAAAACUUUCGUCGCGCCCUUUCUCCCGACCCGACUGACUGUCCCUGGGUCUCCGAGGAUGUGCUUGAACAGAUCGCUUUCUUAAGAAGGGCGACUGUAACUAUGGUAACUGAUUGUAAAAUAAACAAACACGAAUGUAAUAAUAAACGUCCUAUGGAUCUCCUCAGCUAACACUUUGACCAAAUAGCUUCGUUUAAAUUAAAGCAAAUUUUUGUGUCUUUGAAGCGUUCCUUGUGUGUAUUUAAGCUUAUUUCAUUGCGUUGUUGCGAUCGAUUUCGGUUAUUGAAUCACAACAGAUUCGUUCAAACUACCGCAUUCAGUCGACAUUUUAACCCUCGGAAGCACAAGGUGGGGGGGGGGGGGGGUUGAGUUUUUUCCUAGAGAAUAAAACAUCAGCACCUGACGUUUUCAGUAGCUGUUCGUUGAUCCCUUGCGCACAUUUUGAGACAAGUUUAGUGAUUAUCAGUUUUUAUGGUUACGACAUAUGACGUCAUAAGUAUCAGGUGGUCAAGCCAUUUUUAGGUGAAAAUAAAUAUUGUGGCUUAAAUCAUGCAAUGUUAUUUUCAUGUAAAGCACAAAAGAUUAUUCUAAUUCUUGGUAAAAAUCCAAGAUAACGGGCAAGAUGGCGACCAUUGUUGGUGAUGUCACAGGCCUCGAGCAGCGCCACCACCCAUAAAAUAUACCUCAUCUUGUUGAGAAAGAUCAAAGGCUUUCCAUAAAGAUAAAACGGUUUCCAAAUACUGUAACAGAUCAAAAACUCCGGGGGGGGGGGUCCAUCCACCCCCACCCCCUGUAUCCGGCGGUUGAGGUAUGAGUUUGCGUGUACGUCCGAGGGUGAAACGUUAAACAUGAAUUACAAUGAAAAAGAGUAAAGCAAUUCUGUAUCAUGUAAACAUUUCCAGACGAUAUUUCUUUGUUUGCCAGUUGAAAAUCGUGUUUUUCUUUUUGAAUGAAUUAAUUCAAAGCAAAGGAGUAGUAACUGGCGGUCUAUUCAGACGUAACUGAGGGAGUAAAAAGUUAUCGUCUGAAAUUCAGGCUAGGAUAAGAGGAGAUCAUGAUGACGUUUUGUUAAUGCUAACAUCAGAAAUAUAGAUACAGCCGACUGUCUCUGAACGGACACCUCUGUAAAACGGACACUAAGAGUUGGACCCUGCCUUUCUUUGCUCCCUUUAUUUGACUCUCUAUAAGACGGAAACCUCUCUAAGACGGACACUUAAUGCCGGUCCCAAAGGUGUCCGUCUUAGAGAGAGUUGACUGUACUCAUCAGGUUACAUUCGCUUCUCCACUGCAGAACUGUAAUGGAACUCUCUAAGACUUACUGAUGACUGUGUGUCGCAAUUAGUAAAUUACAUAGAAGGCAUAUGGUUACAGAAGAUCAAUGGUUCCAAACUUUUUUCUCUUUCCUAACAGAAUGAUAAUAACAGUGAUCUUUAUCAGCCAAUCACCAUUGAUUUUUCUGUCUCUUAAUUAUUUCCCCCUUGGCAAUGAUUUAGAAACAGUGGCAUAGCUAUGGUAUUUAUAUCAGGUCACAUUGGCGCCGCUACCUCACCCUUUCUCGUUCAACUGACACGAAUUAAUGCUGUUUUACCAUUUGCUGUAAUGGGAGCUUUAUCGGUCAUUGGGGCUAUCCUGUGCUGGACACUUCCUGAGACCCUCGGUAGAAAAACCGCUGAAGUAUGGGAAGAUGCAGAAGACAGUAAAGGUACUAUGGUACUGUUAUUCUAUUCAUUAUAUACUAAGGUUGCGAUAAUGACGAUUGAAUAUCAAUAAAGUCGAUAGAAUUGCAAAACAAUGAAUUAUUAGAGUGCUACCCUUUUGACCACGAAAACUGCCUUUGGACUAAGACUUACUUAAUUAAGCUGAUAACAUGAGCUGUCACGUGGCUAGCCGGGGCUGUUUUGCUCAACGUCAUCGUGGAUAAUUUGCGAUUAUUCCUUUACUAACGUCAGUGACUCACCCCAAGAAGAGAAUAACGGCAGACAUCUUUCAAGUUUAGUCGGCGCCAGCUGGUUACAAAAAAUAAGCUAAAAAGUAAAACUAAUAGACCCUAUUCACGAUACCCGUCAUCUUUGCAUGCGCCUUAGCAUCGAUGGGAUAUUAGCAAUGCCAUGUGAUUUCUCAGGGGGGCAGACAAUGAAUAAACGGUGUCAAUACGAGUAAUAGCGGUCGAAUUUGUUUAUUCUAUCAAAACGGGACGAAGAUUUAAUAGUCAUUCAAAAUGCACAUUUUGAUUUUAAACAAGUUUUACAUCAUCAUUACAUGUUGAACGGACAUCUACAGUCGCUAUUGCUUCCAAAUAAAGCUACAAUGAACACUUUCGCUAAUAACUUGUCAUAAGCGUCUUCAAGAUAAGAAGUUCUGCACUUUCUUUAGUCUAGAAUAAACAAAAUCGACCGCGAUUUCUUGUAUUGGCAGAUUUUAUCGCUGGUUUGCCCACUGAGAAACCACGUAACAUUCCUUUUAUCCCAUCAGUCCUUAGGCGCGUGCAAAGAUGGCGGGUAACGUGAAUAAGAUCUAUUACAAUUGCAGAAAUAUCUUAAACGAUGUUGAAUAAUAGAAGUUAUUGAUGGAGGUCGAGGAUGCAAUGAAUUAUUUUCACUGCACGAAAAAUUGGAUUUACACUAAAUUUACUCAGUGCAAAUUUGGUGCAAAAAGUGCAAACUAAGGUUAGAUAAAGGGCAAAGAUGGUAAAUACCGCAUUUGCCCUAAAAUUUACACCCCCAUGUAAACUGGCAAGCAGAUGCGGUAUUUACCAUCUUUGCUUUUAAUUUCCUUCUAGUUUGCACUUUUUGCACCAUAUUUACAUUGAGUAAAUUUGUGUAAAUCCAAUUUUUCGUGUAGUGUUUGGUCGAUCCACAAGGCGUCCAGACUCACAAAAGCCUAAUGGAAAUCAAUUAUAUUUGUAGGGGGCCCCGUGUUUUUUGCGUACCCCUGCGAAUCUGCAUUAGUAUGGGUUGGUUUUUCCCCUGUCCAUCCCUGCCGAGGGGAUUUUGAACGUGCAGUGUGGCUACUAAACCAGGGUAGUUCAUUACGAAGAAGAUUUUUUCCACGGAAGCGCUUAUUUAAGGAAGAGGGAGACAAGACCAACGGCUUAACGUCAACGCCCAAAGACGGGAGCAUCCUAGCCGAGACAGGGUCUCAAAUCACAACCAGCAUGAUCUUACCACCCUGGUUGCUGGUCGGGCCGGAGCUUGAACCUACGAGCUCAGACCUGGCAGACAGGUGCUCUCUUAACUGAGUUAACCGGGGGGCGGAGAUCGGAAGCACCAGAUCUAUAUAAUUGACAAUUAUCGAAUAAGCAGCCGAGGUGCAUGGAUAACCAUAGGUUUUCUUAUCAUUCAUUCAAAAUAUUUAGUCGUUUCUGAUUGGCUUCAAUCCCCCAGCUAAUUCUUCAUAACCAACUAGCUUUUACCAUGUUUGGAAGAAGCGAGCAAUAAAAUCGAUUCGAUGGUCACCAUCGAUCAGCCUCGUUUCCAGGCGAGGCAGCGUAGCUGUUUAUUCCUGACUGACAUAAAAAAAUGGCGUUCAUGGCUAUCCGCAGACGAAAUAGCUGAAUUUCUUACUAACUGAACGGAAGAAAUUCAAGAAUACACAAAAUAACAAUCACAGAAUAACAAUAAUUUAAACCAUGCAUAUAAGAUCAGUACUAAGUAGCUAACAGCCGUGACAUAUACACGAAAUCGUGCGCAUUCUUAUUUUUUUUUACUUCUAUUUUUACAGAUCCCCCUAUCAAAUAUGGAGAUACAGAUAACGUUAUUUAGAAAAAAAAUAAAGCCGAGAAGAAUAUCUUCUACCAGUUUAGAGACUUCAACUUAA